GUACUGCUUGUGUGGAGCUGUUUUCGAUAGUUUUGUGAUUGUGUUACGUCUAAAAGUUAUAAAUUAAUAUCAGAAUUGUGUUUUAGUUACACAAUUUUUGUUUAAAAAUGGCAAUGCAACCACAUAGUAAGAAGAGAGUGUGCUAUUACUAUGACAGCGAUAUUGGUAACUACUACUAUGGGCAGGGCCACCCCAUGAAACCGCACCGCAUACGUAUGACUCAUAAUUUAUUGUUGAAUUAUGGAUUGUAUAGGAAAAUGGAAAUCUAUAGGCCGCAUAAAGCAACCGCAGAUGAAAUGACCAAGUUCCACUCAGAUGAUUAUAUCAGAUUCCUUCGGUCAAUUCGGCCGGAUAAUAUGUCUGAAUACAACAAACAGAUGCAAAGAUUUAAUGUUGGAGAAGAUUGCCCAGUAUUUGAUGGACUAUAUGAAUUUUGCCAAUUAUCAGCGGGAGGUUCCGUAGCUGCUGCAGUCAAGUUAAAUAAACAGGCAUCAGAAAUCUGCAUCAACUGGGGCGGUGGUCUCCAUCAUGCCAAAAAAUCAGAAGCAUCCGGAUUCUGUUACGUUAAUGACAUUGUCCUGGGCAUCCUGGAGUUACUCAAGUACCACCAGAGGGUUCUGUACAUCGACAUUGAUGUACACCAUGGAGAUGGAGUGGAAGAGGCGUUUUACACCACGGACAGAGUUAUGACUGUGUCUUUCCAUAAGUAUGGAGAGUACUUCCCUGGCACAGGUGAUUUACGAGAUAUUGGAGCUGGCAAAGGAAAAUACUAUGCAGUGAACAUCCCACUCCGAGAUGGCAUGGAUGACGAGUCUUAUGAAUCGAUCUUUGUUCCAAUCAUAUCCAAAGUCAUGGAGACUUUCCAACCGAGCGCUGUAGUGCUGCAGUGCGGUGCUGACUCUUUAACAGGUGACCGACUGGGGUGUUUCAACUUGACGGUGCGAGGGCACGGGCGGUGUGUGGAGUUAGUGAAGAGAUUCGGACUCCCAUUCCUUCUAGUUGGCGGCGGAGGUUACACUAUCCGUAACGUAUCACGCUGCUGGACUUACGAGACGUCCGUAGCGCUCGGUGUGGAGAUCGCGAACGAGCUGCCCUACAACGACUACUUCGAGUACUUCGGGCCGGACUUCAAACUUCACAUAUCACCGAGCAACAUGUCUAAUCAGAACACACCAGAGUACCUGGAGAAGAUCAAGAAUCGACUGUUUGAAAAUCUAAGGAUGUUACCACAUGCGCCUGGAGUCCAGGUUCAAGCAAUACCAGAAGACGCUGUAAAUGAUGAAUCAGAAGAUGAGGACAAGGUUGACAAGGAUGAACGAUUGCCACAAAGUGAUAAGGACAAGCGCAUCACCGGGGACGGCGAAUUAUCCGACUCCGAGGAUGAGGGCUCGGGCGGGCGGCGCGACAACCGCUCCUACCGCAGCGCGCAGCCGCGCAAGCGCCCGCGCCUCGACAAGGAGCCCGGCCCGCUCAAGGACGAACUCAAACCGGAUGAUUCAAAGGAUGACCUAAAGAAUUUAAGCACAGUGGAGGAACCAAAGAAAGAAGUCCCACCCAACCCCUGAUGCGAGCGGUAGGGCCACCUCAAGUUUAGCCUUAGUUCGUAACGAUAUGAGACUAUAUCGUGAAAUUUUACUCACCCAGCAUAUCUAACUGCCUUCAUUGUGUGUAAUGAUAUGCAAGCAAGGCUCUCAGAUAUUUUGGCAAGUAAUAAAUAAAAUAAGGAUUUUUUGUGAAAAGGGAAUUCAAUCAGGCACAUCAAUCCGAGCUUUUUGGUGCACAAUACAAGUGCCUACAUUAAUUUAUAGACAAAAAUAGGUCGGUGAAACUUCAUAAUGAUGGACAACCGAAAUCUAGAUGCAGUCGACUUAGCAAUACAAGUUUGCUAACAAGUUCGUUACUCAAUCAAGAAGUCGAAAAGACAGACAAGAGAUCUCGAAUUAAAGUGUAAGAAUUCUCUGAAUCUUAAAGAGGAUUGUUUUCUGUAGAAUAGAUUUUGUAUUACAUAGUUAUGUAAUGUAUUUGUAUAUUUUACCAGAGUGAAUAGUUAUAAUAGGGAGCACUUAUAAAAGUUCUGCUAAAUUAGCAGUCUGGUUACAUAAUAUUAGAGUGAUCCUUCUACCUAUAUUUUGUAUGGAUUGACUAGUAACUCAGAGAAUGCCAUCCAACGCCAACGAUACUUUUAUUUGAUGUUAUCACUAUUAUAAUUUUCUACUCUAUAAUUUUACCAAACUGAUAAAGAAAGCAAUAAUUUAGAUAGCAACCAACAAACAUAAUUCAUAAUUCAUUGAAUUCAUCAUUUAAUUUAUAGAUAUUAUUUUUGGACCAAUAUUCAAUAAAUAAGCCAAAAAACAUUUUAUUCAGUAUUCAUUUAUAUAAGAAUUAAAGUUUGCAAAACUUACACAGGAAAAGAGAAUAACAAAUCUAGAAAUUAUUCCUUAUAAUUGUAGUAUCGGGGUGCGACAUGAAUUUGAAGAAUUUGUUCUCCCCUCUAGUCCAAAUGUCGUCAAACAGAUUUUUUCAACAGGUUAUUUUAAAGUGGUGUGUAAUAUACAUAGGUACCUUCAGUUUAAUACUGAUAGUACUGAUUGUUACUAAAGAGCCGCCUUUGAAGGUACAGCUGUAGCAAUGCAGAAUUCGUGAAAUAAAUUUUAAAAAAAUCCUAAAGUGGCUGGAUUUUAUUAUUGGAUGGCUAAAUGAGCGUCGCACGUCGAUCCUGUAAAUUUCAGAUGUCGGUCUCAGGAACUAUGUCUGUCGUCUCCUUAUCACCACGUUGUUCAUACAUUUUAUAUUAUAGCCGUGGCAAAGAGGCAGACAUAUUUUCUGAGAUAGGCCUUUUUAUAUUCCGUCUAUUUUUAACGCCUGACAAUCGAAAGAGCAUUAGUUGAAUUUUUUCUACCUAAUAAAAUGUCUCUAACACUAAAUUAAGAAAGUUAAUUACUUCAUGAAUUUUCGCUAGUAGUAUCUUCGCAAGUAAUGUAAGUUCUAAUUUAAUUUAUAGUCGUUUUCAAAGAUGAAGCAUUUAGACUGAAAUUGCUUAUUUGUGUGCA